CAGCAGAUGGAGACAGUGCUGCUGCCCCCAUGGAGACAGGUACACCCGCCUGCUCCCCUCCAUCCCACCUGCCCGCUGCGAAGGAUGACUUCCAGUUCAUCCUCUGCGAGGGCUGCCGGCAGGAAUCACGCAACCUCAAGCUCCUCACCUGCCUCCACACCUUGUGCCUCAAUUGCCUGAGUGAGAACAAGCCCAUCGCGCAGUGCCCCGUCUGCCAGACGGCCAUUCCGCAGUCCACCGGCAUCCCCGACACGGACAACCUGCUCUUCACCAACCUGCAGGCCAGGCUCAGCAUCUACAAGAAGAUCAUUGAUGGAGUUGACUUGUUCUGCGACAACUGCCAGAAAAAUGGGGAGUUCUGGUGCUCUGAGUAAAAAUGCUUUGAGGACCACCAGUGGUUCUUCCAGAAGAGGAGCCACGAAGCCAGGAGGGUGGAAGACCUUCGUGCUGAGUCAGCCCAUCAGUUCCUGGAAGACACCAGGAAGUCCUGCAACCUCUUUUGCUCCAGUCAUGGUCACGCAGACCAGGGCUACAUCUGCAGCAUCUACUGCAAGAAGUGCGAGAAGCCACUGUGCUGCUCAUGCGCACUGCUGGACAGCCAGCACGCCCCAUUCUGCGACAUCCGCGGCGAGACCCAGCGCAGGCAGGAGGAGCUGGGCACCAUGAGCCGGGAACUGAAGCAGAAGAGAAGCAGCUUCGAGGCCACCUACACGGCGCUGAAGGAGGAGGCCUCCCGGCUGGAUCAGGCACAGCGGGAGAUGCGGGAGCUGAUCCGGCAGCGCGUGGAGCAGCUGCAAGAGGAGCCGGUCGAGGCCGAGAGCCAGAGCAUCUUGCCCACCUUCACCCUCAGCCUCAAGGAGAUGCAGACGAACCCGGCUCUCCCCAUCGCUGCGUGGCCCAAGCGGAGGUCGCACUGCAUGGAAAGGAGCAGCCAGAUUUCGCCCAAGCUACUGAAGCAGGAGUGCAACAACACACCAGUCUCCAUCAAUCCCGGUUCAGACCAGUGGGAUAGCAGAAGGGGCCCCAGCACCUCCCCGCUGAGCCAGAACUGUGGCAGCCUCCCCGCCACCAGCAGCCACAGGGUUGAUGCAGAAGACACCAGCAUCAUCAUCUGCAGCUCGGAGGACAGUGAGGAAGACACGGCGGCUUCCAGCAAGCCCAAGGACAUUAAGAUGCUCUCCAGCCCUACGUGGUCCGGGAGCGGCACCUCACCCCACCACAGCACUGGUCCCACCAGCCCCUGGGAUGAUGGGUCGGAGCUGAGCAGCUUGGUCUUCCUCAGCUUGAAGGUUGACCAGAAAACCCAGAGCAUCAUGGAGGUGGCGGCAGCCAACGGAGGGCACACCUUCAAGACACUGAUUCAGACGCCCGAGUCGGUAUUGACACUGCUCUCCCAGGGUGUCCCCAUAGAGGAGGGGAUGCAGCACCUCCUCUUGUACCUCUCCCCACUCCCCAGGCCCAUCCUCAUCAUCUAUAACUUCUGGGCACCAGAGCUGCCCGCUCUAUUUAAAGCCCUGGAUGCCACGGGCAGGAAAGUGGACUUUUGCCACAUUGUAGGUGGUUACGUGGAUAUGUUGCCCUUGAUCAAAGCCAAGCUGCCCAGGGCCCAUUCCUACAAGCUGAAGAGCCUGCUGAGAAGGCACCUGCAGCAGCAGCUCAACGAGGGCAGCACGCUAGCCAUGGCCAAGGCCUUGCAGGAGCUUUGGGGAGCCCUGGAGCUCCCUGCCCGCACUGAGGCAGGGAUGAUGCUCACCCACUGCAACCUGCAGAGCUACACCAUCCUGCGGCCCCUGGUGCAGGAGAAGUUGCUCACCAGGAGGGCGGCCAAGAUCCUGGCCCGGCGCAACCUCAUCCUCUGGGAGCUGGAAGAGGCCUGAGUGUAGGGUGAGCUGA